UUCCUUCGGCAAACUUCGUUAAAAAAUGGUCAUUUUCCCCAACUGACAGCUGUCAAAUAUGCAUGUGACAGAAACGACACAAAUUUGUUGACCGUCUAACCGCGUGGCUAACUUUAUUAAUUCUCUUUUUUUUUUAAUUUCCUUGCAAAUGUUUAAAAACUAAAAAUAACAAAACAAUGUCAAAUAAAAGUAGUAAAAUAUUUCGUCGUAAUCGAUCCCUUGGCUAUGUUAGCAAUCAAGUUCCUGCUUUAAUUCGUUACAUACAACGUCGCAAGGACAACAUCAUUACCACAUGCAUUGGUCGUUCCUUCCAAGUGUACACUUCCAAUAAAUUUCGUUUGUUACAUGUGAGUAAUAUCCAUCCUGAUGACAUUACUUGCAUGGCCAAUGAUCGUCAGCAUGUUUACACUGCUGCUGACAAAACGAUCUUUGCUUGGCGACAAGGAAAACACAUUAAUCACACUUAUAAAGGUCACACUAAAAAUGUCCACUUGAUGUUGCCCUUCCGGCAACAUCUCAUUGCAAUUGAUGGAGAUAAUGUCAUGAAAGUGUGGGACAUUAAUACGGAAGAGGUUUACUUGGAGAUUCCUUUUUCCAAGGAAGACUUUCUUAUUACCGCCAUUGCACAUCCACCGACUUAUAUUAAUAAAAUCAUUCUCGGAAGCCAAUCGGGCGAGUUAAAAUUGUGGAACUUGCGAGAGAAUCGAUUGGUUUAUACCUUUGCUGGGUUUGGAAGCAAAGUCACUUGUAUAACUCCCGCUCCAGCUAUCGAUGUGGCAGCUAUUGGCCAUAAAGAUGGUACAACUGUUUUGUUGAACUUGAAAUUCGAUGAGGUUCUUAUGCAAUUCAAACAGGAUUGGGGUCCGGUGAAUGGAAUAUCAUUCCGAACGGAUGGACAGCCAAUAAUGGUAACUACUAGCACCCAUGGCAAUGCUGUAUUUUGGAAUCUUGAAGAGAAAAAGGUUUCCAAUCAAAUGAAAGUUCAUGAGACUUCAGUUACCACAACAAUCUGCUUCCCAAAUGAACCCCUUCUCUUGACAACUUCUCCGGAUAACUCAAUGAAAUUGUGGCUUUUCGAUGCACCCGAUGGAAGUGCUCGACUUUUGAGAAUACGCUCGGGACAUCAAGCACCACCGCUUUGUAUUCGAUACCAUGGGAAUAAGGGAGAAUCCAUUCUUUCGUCAGGUGAAGAUAGUUCAUUGAGAGUUUUCAGUACUGUGAGUGAAACACUAAACAAGAGUAUGGGAAAAGCCAGUUAUAAUCGAGAGAAAUCUAAGAAGAGAGGCCACUUACAAACGGAUAUUUUAACAAUGCCUCCAAUUAAGGAAUUCACUACAGAAGUAACAAGAGAAGAGGAAUGGGAUAAUAUUGCAGCAAUACACUCGGGAAUUAUUCAAACUACCACAUGGUCUUUCCAUAAAGGCAAAAUGGGCACACACAGACUCGUUCCAAGACAGUUUCAUAGUAAAAUUCGAAAAGACUUUACAGCUGAGACUACUUGUGUGGUUUUGACACAUUGUGGAAAUUUUGUUAUAAUUGGUUACUCCAGCGGCCAUGUUGAACGUUUCAACAUUCAGUCAGGCAUACAUCGUGCAAGUUAUGGAGCACCAGAUACAGCUCAUAAAAAACCUGUAAGAGGAGUUGCUUGUGACAAUUUAAACCAAUUUAUUGUCUCUGGUUGUAGUGAGGGUCUAUUGAAAUUCUGGAGCUUUAAAGGAAAUGUUAAGGAACCAAAUAAAAUUAUAAAACUACCCGAUGGCGUUACCUUAAUGCGUUCACAUCGUGAAAGUGCCAUGGUAUGUGUGGCGAUGGAAAACUAUGACAUGUAUGUUGUUGAUUCCGAUACAAAGGUGAUAGUUAGGAAAUUCAAAGGACACACUUCUAAAAUCAACGAUGUUACAUUCAGUCCUGACAGUCGUUGGUUGUUGAGUGCGUCAAUGGAUUCAACUAUAAAAGUUUGGGAUAUACCUUCCUCGUACAUGAUUGAUCAUUUCAAAGUAGAACGACCAUGUGUGUCAUUGACGAUGUCUCCAACCGGAGACUUCUUGGCAACAGCACACGUCAACUUUUUGGGCAUUUUCCUUUGGUCCAACAAAAUGCUCUUCAAUCAUAUAUCAUUGCGAUCUAUCAAUCCCUACGAUGAAGCUCCAUAUGUUGAUCUACCAUCAAGCGUAGUCGAUGAAGUCAGUUUAGAGACUGCCAUUGAGGAGCUCAAUGUCGAUAGCGAAGAAGGAGAAGCAAUCGACUUGAACUACGAAAGCCCAAGCCAACUUUCUAAAGAUAUGAUAACUAUGUCAGGUGUGGCGGAAUCUCGCUGGCAAAAUCUUCUUGACCUUGAUAUCAUCAAGAAACGCAAUAAACCCAAGGCAGCACCAAAAGCUCCUAAACAAGCACCUUUCUUCCUUCCCACAGUCGCUGGUAUCGACUUGAAAUUCGAUGUGUCUGGUGCAACUGCCGAAGAUGAAAACUCUAAAAUGCUAAUACCUUCGAAUUUUAACAACUUGACAACACUUGCAAAACUUCUAGAAGACACAAUAACAACCGGCAUAUACACCAAUUGUGUAGAAUACUUAAAAAAGCUUGGACCAUCGAUGAUUGAUUUCGAAAUUAAGUCUUUGCAUCCAAUUGGUGGUGGGUCAUAUAAAUCAAUGACGCAAUUCCUUAAAACAAUUAGCUAUAUGCUGUCUACAAAUUGCGAUUUCGAGCUAAGUCAAGCCUAUUUGAGUGUUUUUCUUAAAUCACAUGGCACAUCGCUUGUUGAUAGGAUUGAGAUUCUCGAAGCACUCAAAGAAGUUGAAGAAGAACAAAAGAAAAGUUGGGAGAUUUUAGAAAAAUCGUUUUUAUAUGGACUAGGGGUGGUCUCAGCAUUGAGAAAUUAUGUUAUAUGAGAAGUUUAUUGUAUAUUUGACAAAAAUAAAAAAUAUUUUUACAUUAAUAUUAAA